AUGACUCCGGCCUUUAUAGCGGACUCUGAUGAGGAGUCUGAAACUGAUACUUUUUCGCCUCCGCCCGCGGCCCAGGUAGAGGAGCCCUCGUUUGCAAGCACCAAUUCUGAGCCUGUUAGCCUGGCCACAUCUUCCACGGAUACCACCUUUUUCCAGGGCAUAUACCACGAACAGCAGAUCGCCGCCGCCAGGGAGCAACAACUCAGAACUCACGGAGGUCUCAAUGAGACUCUACCGCCUACGGCUCCUACCGGGACCGAGCAAACAGACCCCGUCUCGUUGCCGUCGCAGUAUCCAGAGGGCACUCCAUUGACGGUCGGGGAUACUAAUCGUAGCAACGCUUCGAAUCCCAUCAAAUCAGCCAUUAUGAGGGGAAAGAAGGUUAGACAAGAUACCGUUCGGGCCGCAGAUCCGUACGCGUUUCCAAGCAGCGCGGAGGAGGAUGAAAGCCGUGGCGGGCAUCGCGCCGGCCGUAUGAUGGCUGUCAGCUCAUCUCUGGCUUAUCGCGGGGCUGGAGUGGGGGGAGUCGACGAGGAAGAUGCAAUGGGACCGCCUCUUAGGAAGAGGCAACGGUUAAAUCCGCGCGGUAACGACUGCAUCGACAGUUCACUACCACCCACUGCACCACAGAUGUACAGCAGCAUCCCGCCCACCAUGCCUCCAGUUGUUGUUGAUGAAAUCACUAACAACGAAAUCACCGAACGUUCAAGCACCCAGUUAGUUCCUACCAUGGAUAUCAGCGAUGAUCCGUCACUCAUGAUCCACCCUCGAGGCUUGACCAGCAACCAGAAGCAGCAAUACAUUGCAGUGGACUUGGCAGCGCGAGAGGGGAAUGAAGAUAUUAUGAACCAGACCCCUCGGCAGUCGAGAGCUAGAUCUCAACGUCAAAGGACAAACGCGACCGCGUCCAAGCCAGACACUCCGAAACGACGUGCCAAGUCUAAACCAGACAAAGACGUUGUUAAAUCUCCACAGCUCGGCACACCGGAACAGACACAGGAGGGAAAGCAUAUAGUUGUCCUUGACGAUAGCGAAGACGAAGCAUACGGAGGGAAUGAUACCCAGGUCGUCAAAGAAAUCGAGAGGAAGCUCGCUGCAGAUGAAAUACAGCCGCUAACAACUCCAGCGACAAAGAGGACAAGGGGGAGGCCAAAAAAGGCGGAGAGCCAGGCACAAGGAGCUCUCGCUAUACCAUCGGAACCAAAAAGGGCACCAGAGUCUGGAAGAGCUUCAAAGAAAAGAGGCCGGCCAAGAAAAGCCGAAACGGCGGUGGUCGUGGAGACCAAGCUGGAGGUAGUGGAAGAAGAUGAAGCACAGACUGAAGUUCCAGAAGGAGGAGGAGCCAAGCACGAAAAGAUAAUUACGACUGAUGUCAAGACGGAGGACCAAACAAAGCCAAACGAUGUUAAAGUUGACGAUGAAAAGGCCGCCGGCGGUUCUCUUGUGACAGCCAAAAAGACGCCACAGAAACCGGCUGGCAAGCGAAUAGAAACACCACAAAUGGGCAGUACAGGCAAACCUCUGUAUCGAAUAGGAUUGAGCAAGCGAUCAAGGAUCGCGCCGUUGCUCAAGUCGCUCCCGAAAUGA